AUGUUACUAACAGCCGUAACUUUCUUAUUUUUAUCUAAAAUAUUAGAAUUUUCAUUGGCUCAACUUGGUUUACAGACUGAUAUAAAAGUUGGCCUGUUAUUUUCAAAUACUGGAGAUUUUGAGCUGUACUAUGGUAAGAGCUCAAAGUAAACUGGUUUUAUAAACUCAAUAUAGGUUUUUUUUACUUUUCUUAUUUAAAAAUAUCUAAAAACUUUUAAAAGUAUUUAAAAAUUGAUUUUCUGAUCAACAUUGAUAUUAACAUUGACAUAAUAUUAUUUUAGGUUACGACAGAUGUGUGGCCGGACUAAAUGUGGCGUUGGAUCGUAUCGCGAGCGAACGUUUACUUCCAGAUUACAAUUUUACGUUUUACGUCAAAGAAGAUAACUGUAAAGAGACAUUGGCGGCCGGCAGGGCAGCUGAGCUCAUUGAAUAUGACAAUGUCGAUGUUAUACUUGGGCCGAUUUGUAGUGAACGUACGUUUUUGAAUUUCUGAAUAGGUAAAGGUUAAAACUAUUAAAAAUUAUUCAUAAAGAGGUUAAAAAGUCUUUAGGAGUUUACGAAAAACUAGUUUUAAAGGUGUUACGGCCUUUGAAAUCAAAAAGUUAGGCAUGGGGAGAGUUCUACGUAUUUUUUGACCAUUUUUCAUAACAUAAGUUAGCAAAAGCUAGUGUUUUUAAAAAGAAAUUUGAUUUUUCGUAUUUUAGCUGCGAUUAUUGUUGGUUCUUUAUCUAAAUUCUACAAUGUUCCGAUGAUAAAUUGGGGUGCCGCGUCAGCUACGAGCCUCAGUAACACAUCUUAUCGCUUUACCACAGCUUUGAAUAGUAUUGGUCCGAGUAUGACGUAUGUUAUUUUAGACACAUUUUAUUUAUUUACAAUUUUAAUAAUAAUUUGGUUGUUUAAAACAUUAAAAAUUUAUUAUUAAGCUAACUUUUUUACUAUUUAAUUAGCUAUUUUUGACCAAAAAGCUAAUUUAAAAAUUUUUCAGAGUAGCUAGAGGCUUUAUUCAACUAUUAAUAGAUCUAAAAUACGAUCGUUUUGGAUACUUGUACUCUGAAGGUAUGACCAAGAGAUGUAGCUACCUUCGUGAUGAUGUUUUAUACAUUCUGGCUCAGCCAGAAAUUGACAUUACACUGGCUUACUACAAAGAAGUCAACGUAUCUGACCCUUAUAUGAUGAACCAGACCUUUGAACAGCUGGAAAAGAAUGCUAGAAGUGGGUUUGUUAGAGGGCAUUGUAGAGUUUUUACGGGUUACUGUAGGCUUAUUAAGGAUUUUUGUAGGUUUGAGGGGUACUGUAGGUUUUAUGUACUGUAAUUUGAAAUUAUUUGAAAUGAUUUCAUAAUUCCAUUUUAGUUGUGUUCCUUUGCUCCACCAGCGACACUGACAAGGUGAGCAUAGUGCAAGGACUUGGUCGAUAUGGCUUGGUAACGAAUCGCAAUUUCGUUUUUAUAUUUGUUGAACAACGUGGUACUGGGUUUGGUAAGUUUUUUCGACUUUGUACACCUGUUAUUAGUGAUAUAUUCAGUAUAUUAUACUAAUAUAUUGUUCAAAUAAUUCUGUGCCUCCAAACCACGAAAAGUUGCUCUGUGAGGGGGUACAGAAUUAUUUUAACAGACUAAUAUCUUACAAUUGUUAAUACUAUGAGUGUGGCACUACAUACAACUUUAGACAUGCCAACAUACGACACAAAUGGCACAAACAGUUAUAUACCAUUGUGGCAGAACCCUGUAGUGACGAAUCAAACCGAAAUCCGAGAAUAUUUGAAUAAAUUUUUCUUCUUUGACCUUUCUGUUCCUUAUACCAUUCGAGAUAGCUUUGAAGCCGCAGUAAAGAGAAGGUCAAGUGGAUGGCCUUUUUACUGUACUACUUGUGGCACGGUGAGUUCUUACUGUAAUUUUGCUAUGACUUUUUUUUGAGAUGGCAAAACGUAAGAUCUAAGGGCAGAGCAGAUGAUAGCUGAGGUGGUAUAACAUUUGUCAAACCGUAUAAUUAAAGCUGAGGCGGUAUAACAUCAUAUAACAACAUAAAAACCUACUAUAAUAUAUUUUCAGGUAGGCACAGGAGCCUCCAGCUUAUCAGACGCUUUAUAUCUUUAUGCCAUUGCUUUGAACAAGACCCUGAGCAAUCCAAAUAUAUAUCCAACAGCUACAUCAAGCGCUUUGGGUACUGUAACUACCCAAAGGUUGAGGUUAGGAGCACAGAUAACAGAAGCAGCGAAUAAUGUCACGUUUACUGGAGCUUCAGGAAAGUUUAUGUUGGAUGAGAACUCAAUAAGAAUCAACAUGUUUGACUUGACUGGGCUAUCAAGCAAUCAUACUAUGAUAACGUACUAUCAGGUCACUGGAAGUGCGGUUAAUGGGGUAGGUUUGAAGAUAUAUAGUCUUUUUUACUGUAUCUUAUUUAACCUAGCUUACGGUACUAUAUUUUACUUUAUCCUACUGUACUCUAUUCUGCCCUACCCUACCUUAUUCUAUUGUAUUCUACUUUACUGUACUCCAUUUUAUUUUAUCCUACUCUACCUUAUCUUACCAUACUCUCCUUUCUUAGCUUGGCUUUUUCUACUUUAAACUUUCUUUUUACCUCGCUUUAAAGGAACUUUAUUUAGCAUUGUUGAAUGCCACAGUAACACAAGUUACAGUAUUACCUUUUUAGAGUGUGACCCCAACAAACUCUACGGCUCAAAUCUGGACUAAUUGGGGUAAUAAACAGCCUCCGGCCGUACCAGUUUGUGGCUUUGAUGGUUCUUUGUGUCCAGACUCUAUCUUGAAGACAUACGGAGGAUAUAUAUACGCUGCCAUUGCUAUCAUCGCUAUCUCUGCUAUUGCUACUGCUACAUUCUUAAUCAGGUAGGGGUUUUUUUGGUGGCAUUUUAAUGUUUUUUCUUCUCUUUUUUGAGCGUUUUUUAGUUUUUUAACAUUUUUUUAUGUUAUAUUUGAUCUACAUUAUCUUCUUUUUUUUGAAAUUCAAAAAAAGUAAAUAAUACGUCCUGUAAAGCUUAAAAAAGUUUAUAUAAUUUGAAAGUUUGACUUUAAUAUCUUAGCUUAUAACAAAGUUAUGUUCAGUUUAAUGUGUGGAAUUGUUAAUAUAAUAAAACUAAAAAUUGCAAACCAUUCCAGAGGCCAAUAUCUAGAAUACAAACGUCUAAAUGCAGCUUGGCAGAUUAAUUUCGAAGACUUGUAUACUCCAGAUGAAAAGAAUCCAGACACAAAGUCACUACAACCAUCAGUACACUCACACAGUAACCAAUCCGUACUCAAAAAGCCUGAAACAGAAUGUUUUGCUUUUUUCAUGCAUCAUACUGAAGCUGUAGCUGCGAGGAAAUUCAAGUCCAAGAUUAUUAUUCAGGCUAGGAAUCGAGCCGAGUUCAGAAUGGUUGGUUUAUAUUGGUAUUAUGGGUUCUUGUUUGAUUCAGAAAGAAUGGCGCGGUUUAUAUCAGAGGUUUUUAUAGGGUGUUAGAUUUGGUUUUAGGCUAGGAUUGUAUGACUAUUGUAAUGCAUUGUACUAUAGGGUACGGAAGGUAGUGUAGGGUGAGGUAUGGUAUGUUAAGAUAGAGUAGGGUAAGGUAGGAUGCGGUGGGGUAAGGUAAUCUAGAGUAAAGUAGGUUAUGGUACGAUAGAUUAGAGUAAGGUAAGGUAAGAUAGGAAAAAGUAGGGUGCGGUAUGGUAAGAUAGAUUAUGGGGGGACAAGGAUAUGCUAUGUUAAGGUACAAGAUCUAUUACUUAUGAUUCCCAACUUCAGAUGCGUCAAAUCGACAACAAUAACCUAGCCAAGUUUCUUGGCUUAUGCACAGAUGGCUCUCAAUACCUCUCCAUCUGGAGAUUCUACCAUCGUGGUUCCAUUAAAGACAUCAUCGCAGCCGGUAGCUUUGCCAUCGAUGGUGUAUUCAUGACUUCACUGAUCCGUGACAUAAUAAAUGGACUCCACUUUAUACAUCACAGUAGUUUACAUUGUCAUGGACAUCUGAGCUCAUCGAAUUGUUUGGUCGACGAACGAUGGGUGGUGAAGAUAUCUGACUACGGUAUCUUGGAUCUGUUUCAGCAGGAACCUAUUGGGAAUAAAAGUAAGGGGAUUUUACUGAUUUACUGGGGCUAUCAUGAAGUAGUUUAGCUUAAAGUUAGCAUAUGGUUAUGUAGGAUAAUGUAAGGUAAAGUAGGAGAUAGAAGGACAUAGUAACAUAAGCUGGCAUACUAUACACUAUACAAUAGUAUGAGCGAAAAUUUAGGUACUAUUAGAUUGUUCAAAUAAUUCAACUCCAGUUCAAUAAAACCCAUAACUCCUUCGCAUUUUAGAACUUCUGUACCUAGCUCCAGAAUUGCUCCGUAAGCCGCUACAUCCAUUAAAAGAUGGUGUACAUAAAGCGGUGGACAUCUACAGCUUUGCCAUGGUAGCAACAGAGAUUAUCAACCGUCAUCCGCCUUGGGAGAGCAACAAUCAACAAGUUGAAGACCCUGACGAGAUAGUGUACCUUCUGAAGAGACGCAGAGACGUUCCUAUUCGACCGGUAAUCGAUGUGUCGGCUAUCAGUGAUUUGAGUCAUAAUAUGGUAGGUUUAUAGAGGAUUUAAGGAGGCUGAUAUGGUAUUAUUGGUGUAAAAUGCAUACAGUACUACUCUAAUACGAUGUUAAUGUAUGUAUAAUAUCAUAAGACUGUAGUACCAAAGGUAUGUCAAAGAAUGUAUAGUAUAUAUAGCAAUGCCAACAUUACGACAAAGUAAAUCUUAUGCCAUAAUAUAGACAUACUCUUCCACGUCUUAAAUUACUAUUUUAGCCAGCCCUGAUCCAAGAUUGUUGGCUAGACGACCCAAAUAAUCGACCGACUACUGGCCAAGUUCAAACCGUACUCAAGAGUAUGGGCAACAAGAAUCAAAGUCUGAUGGAUCACGUCUUCCAAGUGCUCCAGAAUUACAUGAACACACUUCAAGAAGAGGUCGAAAGCAGAACAAAGGCUCUGAUGGAAGAGAAGAAGAGGUCUGAUGUUCUACUUUAUCGACUCUUACCUCGGUAAAUUUUAUUUUUGAUAAGUUGUGCUUUAAUUUUAUAGCUUUACUUUGCUUAAACUGCCAUUUUACCUUACAAUAGCGUUGCCUUGCUCUGCGAUGCCUUAUCUCUAACUUACCUUACCUUAACCUACACUUCCCUGCCCUGCUCCAUCAUAACUUCUUCUAAGCCGUAUCUUGCCAUUAGUUAUGUGUGCUAACUAUUACUUUUUUCAAAUAAUCCUGUGCCCCCUCUCAAAGCAAAUCUUCGGGAUUAGGGGGCCCAGAGUUCUUCGACCAACAUAAUAUAGUAUUGAAACCUAUAGCUUAACUUAAUAUGCAUAUUCCAGUCAAAUCGCGGAUAAGCUCAAGUCAGGAAGUGUGAUUGAGCCAGAGAGUUUCGAUCAAGUUACAGUAUUCUUUUCCGACGUGGUACGAUUUGGAGAAUUGGCAUCGAAGAGUACUGCGAUUCAAGCGAUCACUUUACUAAAUGAUCUUUUCACGAUGUUUGAUGGUGUCAUUGAAACAUACGAUUGUUACAAGGUAGGGUUUUUGCUUUGGUAAAUUUUUCCGCAGGGCAUACUGUAGAAUUCCUUUUUUAUAGGUACUGUAUUUUUUUAUUUUUGUACUGCAUACUGUAACUGACUCAACCUUAACAUCUUGUACUGUAAAACAAACUCAAUUCGUCACCGUUUCCAGGUUGAAAGCGUAGGUGAUGACACAUUGGUAGUAAGCGGACUACCAGUUCGAAAUGGCAACAAACACGUGAAAGAGAUUGCCAAUUUGUCGUUGGCCUUCAUGAACGGUGUAGCCGUGUUCAGAAUCCCUCAUUUGCCUCACGAAAAGGUACAAUUGAGAAUAGGCUUCCAUUCUGGGCCGUGUGUAGCCGGUGUAGUGGGUUUGGCCAUGCCACGGUAUUGUUUGUUUGGAGAUACAAUCAAUACGUCUAGUCGAAUGUGCUCUAAUGGUCGACGUAAGUUGGGGUUUUGGUACAGAAAACGGUCUUUCUAGGUUUCGGAGCUAGUAAAUUUUUGUUGUUUUAAUUAAAAUGUGGUUUUUAUAGUAAUGAAAAUUAGAUCUAAAGUGUAAAAAUGGAUUUUUCAAGUACAAAUUAGCUAAAAUCAGCUUCGAAACCGUGUAAUAACUCGAGAUUCAGCCUGUACCUGAAAUAAAAUGCCAAAAAACUUACGCACCUCUUGUUCAAACAAAUAUAAAGCAACAAAAAAUGCAAAAACAUAAUGAAACAGUUGAUUUUUAGCUGACAAAAUUCAUUUAUCAGCAAGCUCGAACCAUCUUUUACAAGAAAUCGGAGGAUUUUCGACCAUUUCUCGAGGAGAACUCAUCAUUAAAGUAAGUUUUUGCCGCUUUGAAUUUAAAGUUUUAAGUUUAAGCCCUUUGCCCGUUUUAAAAAACAUUAUUUUUGAUUGUUAUGGUCAAAAAGUUUGUAGAUAUAUCAUUUUUUGGCCAAAUGGUUUGUAGAAACGUCUUUUUUUUGGUCGGUUAUUGUCAAAAAAUUUUCAGAAUUAUGAUUUUUUAGUAAUUUUAUAAACUUUUUUUGCCGAAUUUAGUCACAUUUUAAUGGGUUCCAAUUACUUUUUGACCUUAUAGGCCUUUUUAAAAGAAACUUUAAUUAAUUUUUAAAAAGAAAAGAAAGUCGUAUUUUACCAAAACCCCUCUAAUAUCGACCGUACUCUUUGUAGGGUAAGGGCGUGAUGGAAACCUUUUUCCUUGAGGGCAUGGCUACGGAUUCACUUCCGUUCGUGUCCAAUUCCCGGGAAACUACGGCUUCGUUAAAGGAAAGUUAA